ACUACUAUUUUCAAAUUUUUAUUUAUUUUUUUAAUUGUAUUUUUUUAAAUCGUUUGCCAACUUACGUAACCGGAAACUCAAUAAUCACAAAACAGCAAGAGCUCGCGAUCUACGAUCCAACCAUUUCCUCAUGUCUUCAUCACGUGCAACGCUGUCGUAAAGUCAGUUGUUUGUACCAGUUCUAAACCAAUCGUCAACCAAUCGAACGCCAACCAUGACCACGACCAGAUCAACAAUUCUCGCGAUCCUCCUGACCCUCUGGAUUCCCCGCUCCACCGCCGUCAACCUGGAGGUCCAGCUCGAACGCAUCGAACAGGUCGGCGGCGAGUGGUUCGCGGACAUCUCGAAGAUGCGCGUCCGGAAGUUCAACCGGACGGCGUUCGUCCUGGACGGGUCGUACACGCUCUUCCACGACAUCGACGAGGGCUUCGAGAAGUCGGUCCGGGUGGCGUACAGUUCGAUGGGGAACAACCAGUUCAACGAGUACCCGAUGAAGAUGGCCCGCAAGAAGAUCUGCCAGGUGAUGGUCGAGGAGUACGCCGACUUUCAGCACAUCUGGGCGAACUACUCGAACUUGCCGCAGCUGCCGAAGGGCACGACGCGGUUUUGUCCGUUUCCGAAGGGUACGUACUGGGUGAAGGACCUGCAGCCGGAUGCGGGCUGGAUUCCGCCGGUCGUUCCAGCUGGGUUGUGGCGCAUGACGCUGGAGUUUUGGGGUCCGGACAAGGAGUUGAUUGGAGAGUACCGGGCGUAUUUUAGGCUUACGAAGGGGUUGAGGUGAAAUAAAGUUGAUUUUAUUUGAUUUUGUUGCGUUUUAUUUUGAACCCACUGCAAAAAGAAGUACUCAAUAUAGACGCCCUUGUUUACAUUCAUUUCCCUUCC